AUGGAGGAGCCGGCGGGGCCCGGCGCGUUCGCCGGCGGCGCCAAGGGGCUCGGGGCGCCGGGCGAGGCGGCGGCGGGCGACGGGGCGGCCGCGGCGGGGGCGGCGCGCGCCCAGUACAGCCUCCCGGGCAUCCUGCACUUCCUGCAGCACGAGUGGGCCCGCUUCGAGGUGGAGCGCGCGCAGUGGGAGGUGGAGCGCGCCGAGCUGCAGGCCCAAAUCGCCUUUCUCCAGGGGGAGCGGAAAGGCCAAGAGAACCUGAAGAAGGACCUCGUGCGGCGGAUCAAGAUGCUGGAGUUCGCCCUGAAGCAGGAGAGAGCCAAAUACCACAAGUUGAAGUAUGGGACAGAAUUGAAUCAGGGAGAUAUGAAGCCUCCAAGCUAUGAUUCUGACGAGGGCAACGAGACCGAGGCCCAGCCGCCGCAGAACAGCCAGGUGAUGUGGAAGCAAGGCCGGCAGCUGCUGCGACAGUACCUGCAGGAGGUGGGCUACACGGACACCAUCCUGGACGUCAAGUCCAAGCGCGUGCGCGCCCUGCUGGGCUUCGCGAGCGACGCCACUGACCGCGACGAGGACAAGAACCCAGACUCGGUCCUGAACGGCACCGAGGCCGACGCGAAGGAGGCGGCGAUGAUCGGAAAAUCCGAGCUGACAGACUCUGCCUCCGUGCUGGAUAAUUUCAAGUUCCUCGAUAGCGCCGCAGAGCUGAGUGACGAAGAUGAGGACGACGACGUUGAUGGGAGGGAGAAGAGCAUCGUGGACACGUCCACGAUGGUCAGGAAAAAGGUGUCGUCCGAGAGCAACGAAGACCGGGAUACCAAGGAAGCCCUGAAGGAGUUUGACUUCCUGGUGGCGCCCGAGGAAGGGGACGGGGAGUCCAGGAGCGCCGGCGACGGAACGGACUGGGAGAAGGAGGACCAAGGUCUGGUGCCGGAAGCCUGGAAUGUGGACCAGGGAGUGAUCACCAAGCUCAAGGAGCAGUACAAAAAGGAGAGGAAGGGGAAGAAGGGGGUGAAGAGGCCCAAUAGGUCCAAACUGCAAGACAUGCUGGCCAACCUGCGGGACGUGGACGAGCUGCCCUCCCUGCAGCCCUCCGUGGGGCCGCCCGCCAGGCCCAGCAGCUCCCGGGGGCCCGAGCACGAGAUGAACAGGGCGGAUGAAGUGGAAGCGCUGACGUUCCCGCCCUCCUCGGGGAAGUCGUUCAUCAUGGGAGCGGACGAGGCCCUGGAGAGCGAGCUGGGCCUCGGGGAGCUGGCCGGGCUGACCGUGGCCAACGAGGCCGACUCGCUGACCUACGACAUUGCCAACAACAAGGACGCGCUGAGGAAGACGUGGAACCCCAAGUUCACCCUGCGGAGCCACUUCGACGGCAUCCGAGCCCUCGCCUUCCACCCCACCGAGCCCGUCCUGAUCACCGCGUCAGAGGAUCACACGCUGAAGAUGUGGAAUUUGCAGAAAACGGCUCCGACCAAAAAGAGCACGUCUCUCGACGUGGAGCCCAUCUACACCUUCCGGGCCCACAGGGGCCCGGUGCUCUGCGUGGUGAUGAGCAGUGACGGGGAGCAGUGCUACAGCGGCGGCAGCGACGGGCGCAUCCAGGGCUGGAACACCACCAACCCCAACGUGGACCCCUACGACUCCUACGACCCGUCGGUGUUCCGGGCCGCGCUGCUGGGCCACACAGACGCCGUGUGGGGACUGGCCUACAGCGCCGCGCACCAGCGCCUGCUGUCCUGCUCGGCCGACGGCACCCUCCGCCUGUGGGACACCAGCGAGGCGGCGCCCGCGCUCAGCGUCUUCGCCGAGAACCCAGAGCUGGGGGUCCCUGCGUCCGUGGACCUGGUGAGCAGCGACCCGAGCCACAUGGUCGCGGCCUUCAGCAAAGGCUACACCAGCAUCUUCAACAUGGAGACGCAGCAGCGCAUCCUCACCCUGGAGUCCGACGUGGACCCGACGGCCAACGCUUCCUGCCAAAUCAACAGAGUCAUCAGCCACCCGACGCUUCCCGUCACCAUCACUGCCCACGAGGACAAGCACAUCAAAUUCUAUGACAACAACACAGGCAAGCUCGUCCACUCCAUGGUGGCCCACCUAGAAGCCGUCACCAGCCUGGCGGUAGACCCCAACGGCCUGUACCUGAUGUCCGGCAGUCACGACUGCUCCAUCCGUCUGUGGAACCUAGAGAGCAAGACGUGUAUCCAGGAGUUCACGGCGCAUCGGAAGAAGUUCGAAGAAUCCAUCCACGACGUCGCUUUCCACCCUUCCAAAUGUUACAUCGCCAGCGCCGGGGCCGACGCGCUGGCCAAGGUCUUUGUAUGACAGUGGCCGUCCUCGCCGUCUCGUUCUUUACAAAAUCACCAACUGCACAGCCGAGAUCCAGGCGUCCCGGGCAGGGCCCGACGGGUCCCGCCCUUUUGUUCUGCUGAAGGAGCACAGAGAACGUUUGUUCAAAGUAUAGUUCGCGAUUCGUGUUCUGUUUUCCCACACCGAGGUUGUCCCGGUCGCUGCAGGCUCAGCCGGAGUCUGUGAGCCUGGAAACAGUUUCCAAGCGCCCCCCCUCCCCGCGUCCCCCCAAGGCUUGAAUCCUGAGCUGGCCGGAAGGCGUAGGCCCGGCCCGGCCCAUAGCUUCUCCCCCGAGUGACCUGGUGACCGUCGCGGGGUCCUUAGAAGCCGGGCGGUGGCUGGGAAUGGCGGAAGAAGGAAGCUCGGACUCGCCCUGCCGGGCACGGCGGCGCCAGAGAGGCCCAGCUCUGGGCCUGGGGCCGGGCGGGGCUGGAGCCCGUGUUCACUUGGGCGCUCCUCGGCUCUCCAGAGGAAGCCCCGACAAAGCGUCUGCCUGUUUGGGGAAAGAAAGACACGCAAUAAUAUGUCGAAUAUAUUAUUAUUAAGAAAUGCUAAACAAAUAUUUAGUUUGAAAUAAGCAGAUUUCUAUAUAUUGUACUACAGUUUUGGAAACGAGUUUGGUACCACUCUAGAGUCUAGCUGACGAGGAGUCGAGCGAGUCUGCUUUUCUGGGAGGUUUAACUUAUUCAGGUUUAAGAUUCGGCUUAUUUUUAAGAGCAAACGGAACGGAUCUCUCUCAUUUCUUUUCAUUUUAAAACCCACUCUGGUCGCACGGUGUCGAAAGUGUCGGAUCAUCUCUUAGCAGUGAAAUCCUAACCUCGCGGGCCAGGCCCUCGUCACUCGUCUCCGGUGACCUUGGCCCUUUCGUCUUUGUUUAUCGAUGCUCUGACACCAACCAAAAGGCAGUUCCUAACGAAGAUUGUGUUUUUUUAACAACCCAAAGGGUCGAGGUGAGCUCAGGCCGCCACUUUUGCAGAGGGACUAAAUAAAGCGAAUGUUUUGUACCCGA